AUGGCCGACCCCAAUAACCCACCACAACCACCAGCCCGAACACCGUCAAAACCAUCCUCCUCCCAAAUCCCCGUCCGAACCACCCCCGGCAUCCCGUUCGUCCCCCGAGCCGCUUACACACCCGGCCCCGGCGCCCGUACCCCGCGCGGCCUCCUCAUUUCCGCACACAACACUCCCAACCCCAAUGCGACCCCCCACGUCCGUGCCGCCUACCGCGCCAUCGACUCCCGGCGCGCCGCCAUCCUCACGCCUCACCACGCGCGCCGGCGCUCCUUGCGCGAAGCGCGCGAGACGCCGCGCAAUUUCUUGCUGCAGCUGGGAAAAGUGUUGGCGCCCAAGUCAGAGAGGAUACCUAGUAGUAGUUCGAGUCCUGGUUCUGCGCUGUCUGGGGCUGCUGGUGGUGGGGGACAAGAGGAGGGGGAUACGUCGGAGGAGUUAACCUUCGACAUCUCCACGCGCAGUCGGUACGGGGACGAUGACGAGGAGGAAUUGCCUAAGAGGCCUAGGUUGAGUUUACCGAUUGGCGGCGGUGGUGGGCUGGGAGAUAUGGAAGAAGGGGAUUGGGAGGAUGAUAUGGACGAUGACCUGCCGCAACCGCAUCGGAGUGCCGGACUAGAAGAUCUGACGGAGAAUUUCACGGUGCAGAGUAUUGAGUUGCCGAGACGGAUGGAUCCGGAGAAGGAUCAACAUAGGAUAAGGGAUUCGAUGGGGCGGUUGAGUGAUUUCCCGCAACCGCACGGGCAGCAGCAGCAGCAAAGUGAUGGGAUUGAUUCGGGGUUCUUUCCGCCUGCAGCAAUAGAAGACGACGAGUUCGGAAACGCCGAGGAUAGAAUCCCGGAUGAGUUCAGCAGGUUGGACUCGGACGAGACGAGGAGGAGGGAGACGAUUGGUGGUGAAGGGGGGUUGGGUUUGCUGGGAGCUGGAGGGAGGGAUAGUGAUUUUCAUAUUGAGGUACCGGUCGGGAUGGAUGAGAGCACGUUCAUGAUUGCUUCUCCCACGAGGCAGUUUGAAAUGGGUCAAGCCGCUGAAGCAGCGGCAACAAGUGGCCAAGGCGGAGGUUUUGCAGAGUUGAUGGAUCGGAGGAGCGACAGUUACGACGACAACGAUGACGACGGAAACGACAUUGGACCGACAUUUGACGAUUAUGAUAACGACGAUGGUAUGGGCAUGGACCUGGACAACAACCAUGACCAGGACCAGGCAGCGGGCUCAGAUGAAGAGAUGACGAAGUUAUCGGGUUACACACCAACGGCGGCAAGGGUAUCACUUUCAGCUUCAGCGGCGCGGGAGAAACUCGGAUUCUUUCGGGAAGAGGGCGGUGAACGAGGAGGCUUCUCCAAGAUCAAAGCCACCAAGAAGAUCUCCAAACACGGUAUCGAGUACACAUCACUAUCCCCAGCCAUGGUCAAACGGUUGGCGCAAACAUUCGCCAAGACGAGCGGCGCGAAGGGUAACAUCUCGCCUGAAGCGCUCAAGGCGAUCAUGCAGGCUUCGGACUGGUUUUUUGAGCAGUUGGGAGAUGACUUGUCGGCGUACGCAAAGCACGCGCAUCGCAAGACUAUCGACAUGAGUGAUAUGCUCACAUUGAUGAAGAGGUAUGUUUGA